CGUCGCCUCGCUCACGACCACACGCUGCCCCGGCGUCGCCCCGACCAAGACCACGACCACACGUCACCCACACACAGGCAGCGCAGCGCCCUUCUCUCGUCACCUUCCACACUACACCGCCGAGGACAUGAAGCCAACACGGCAGGUGGUGCUCACGCUACUGGUGCUGAUGUUCCUGGCCGUCCUCUGCAGCUGCGAGACGCUGCCACACUCCAGGACCAAAAGGUUCUUCGAUUGGUUCAAAAAGGAGAAGAAAGAAAAGAAGAAGGAGCCGCCGAAGCGCACGGAGGUCCACCACUACCACCACCACUACUACUACUAUUACUACAUUCCCAAGUACAAGCCCACGGAGACGUACCACCACGCCAAGCACGAGGAGCACCCUCCCACAGAACACGAGGAGUCGCCUUCUUCGUGGGGCUUCAGUUAGGCUGCGGUGGGACCGCAUCAGGGCUACAUUAAAUGACGCUUGUAAUCUGUGGUAGCCCCAGAGUCGAAGCAAAGUAGUCGCUGUAUCGUGACGACGGAAGUUGACUAUCUGCGUUCGUUCUCUGCAGUCAUGCGCAAAACUCGUUACCUGUAAUUCAGAGACAAGUCUGUAUAAAAUAGGUGCUAAGCAGUUUGUUUAUCGACAGGUAGACUUCUUGUUAAUUAAGAGAAAAUCAUCGCUACCUUCACUUUAUUUCCCUUGCUGCGACAUACAAAUUACUGAGUCGUAUCAUGAACACUUGCCAAACACAUGAGAGUCGUGAAAAAACUCGGUAGUCUCUACCGCCUGGCGUGGAAAGAAGAUCUCUCAGAUUAAUUCUGGAAAGUCGCUUCCCUAGCAGCUACAUUCUACUUGAAUUUAAAUACGCUCUCUGGCGACCUCCCAACUACAUUCUCGCAACAUAUCAGAAAAAUGAAAUCUCGUAACAGUCUAAAAGACUGAGAUUCAGGCACACCCAAUCAGACACAUGAUUGUCUACAUCUAUACCCAGCACCUAUUACAUGGUGGGUGGCGGGGGAGGAGGGUGGGGCAUUUUUGGUUCCACUAUCAUUCCCCCCUCCCCCUUCGCCACCCUAUUCCAUUCGCAAAUGAGAGAUGGGAGAGCUAUUGUCGAUAAACCUGAGUAUUAGUCCUAAUUUCUUUCACUCUCUGGUCGUCAUCAUUUUACAAGCCAUUUGAAGGGCUUAUUUCAAUAGUGGUACAAGUCCAUUACUUCCACUUUUCUGUCUAUAAUGCUUCUGAAAUUAGCGAGCCGAACAGAAGAAUGAAAGGUUCAUCUCUAGCACGAAGUCAUAUGCUUGAAUAUUUCUCGUAUUUCAACUGCAGAUUUUUCAGCGCUCAUUUAACUUUAAGACUCCGUAUCUCAAUAUGAACAAAAAUGGACUUGUACCACUAUUGAAAUAAGCCCUUCAUUUAUGGUAGGCAGUAAUAUUUUUUUCUGACUCUUCUUCGAACGUACACCUUCUGAAUUUCAACAAUAAACGUCUCCGUGAUACACAAAGUCUUUCUUGUACCGUAUGCCACUGGAGUUCGCUUAGUAUCUCCAUAAAGUUCUCACACCGACUAAACAAUCCCUUGACGACAUGUGCAGCUCUCCGUUUGAUCUUCUCUAUCUCUUCUAUUAAUCCGUCUUGGUAAAGGCCUCCGACUGAUCCAUACUCACUCAAGAAUCGGUCUUUCAAGCGUUUUGUAAGCCAUUUCUAUCGUGAAUCAAUUACAUUUCCUUGAGAUUCUUCCAACGAACGUCACGCUGGCAUCUGCUUUCUUACAGUUUGUUUUACAUGUUCAUUACCCUUAAUAUUGAUCCAGACUGUUACUCCUAGGUAUUUUGAGGUAGUUAUUGUAUCCAGUGGCCUUUCCGUUGAAAAAUUUCUUCAUUUUAAGGAACCGACGCAAGUCUUGCAUCUGCCUCUAAACCCGUCCCCCCAGACUGACAUCUUUUCGUCUAUGUUCGCUAUUGGCUGCCCCCAAGCUAUGCUGUUUCUGUUAGUGCCUUCCGUUAAAAUUAUUUUCGUGCUUCCCAUUUAUGUUGAGGAAAACACACUUGACUUUUCGUCUGCAUUCUCUUCAUGACGCCAACCAAAUACGACACCAAAGGAGAUGCUUGUGCUCUAAACAUUCUCUCGUUAGCAACAUCUAGACUGCCUGCAGCUUUGUGAAUUCUGAAUCUUACGUCGCCAACUCUCAAGUCACCCUUAGUAUACAUAAAACAGGUUUCAAAUAUUGACCCAAUUAUGUACUUGUACUAGAGCUCGUUCCCUAAGCUCGGAAAUCAUAAGGAACAAUCUUCGCAAAAGCAAUCUGUACAAGACGUUUCCAGACGGUUUACGAACAGUACACCGAUGUACCAUUUUGACAUUUCAUAAUUUUCUGCAGCCCUUUUCAAACUAUAGUUACUGCUACGCAGUGUUUAAGUGCUUGUUAGUGUGUUCUACAGACACUGGGAAAUAAAUAAUAAAAUUCUGCUGGCACAUAUUUGACAACUGGGCAUGAGUGCGGUAUGGUAAUAGUGAGCAAUGUAGACGUACACCAUAGCGUUUCCGGCUGACGUGGAUUAAUGCCUUAAAUUUUUGAUUGACUGCUUAACAUAGUUGUGUGGAGUGACUGAAGAUACUCCCGCCACAGUAAGUUCCUACUUCAGGGAGACAUGGACUAUAUGACGAGGCAUUACAUAAAUUAUAAUUAUUAUGAAUGUAGUUAUUUUAUUAUUAAUAUUAUUGCCUUAUUUUGCCUGCUUAGUGGAAAAUGUUUCGUCGUCUUGGCGGUAAAGCAACUACGAAGUUUUUUGAUUCCUAAAUGCAAUUAGACUGAAAAAUUGUUUACAAUGCAGUGUAUUUAGCGGAAGUUAAGUGUGGUUACUGGCAACAGUAAUUGCUUUCUGUAACAUCCAGUCUCAGUUUAAAUAAGCAUUUUAAAUACAAUCCAUUGUUCAUUUUUCGCACUGUAAAAAUAUCAGUCGACAUUUACACUUCCUACAGCUAAUUUUUAAAAAUGUACCAUCUGUAUUCAUAUCUGUAAAGAAAGUAAAAUGUCUGUUGUUACUCAGAUAUGCUGAAAUAAUAAAAUUAUGUCAAGACAAUAU